AAGGAUUGAUUACGCCUAUUAAUUUUCAUUUUUUUAUUAUUGUGUUGUUGAACUUUGAGUCUAAAAAAGCUCGAUAUUUAGGUAUUUCAGAAACGGCCGCGGCGGUGUAGUUGGUUUAGUCAGUUGUAGACUGUUGCUGCAAGCAGUAGUGAAAAGUGAAAACUGAAUUGUGAAUAGUGAUCGAGCGUUGACGGGGAAUGCUAAGCGAGUAUUUUUACGAUUCAACAAGUUGAUAAACUUAGAGGUCGUGAUCGCAACGUACUUUACCAAUUCGUCUUGUCGUAACAUCGUCGCUCGCCCCUCUGAUUACCAAAACUCGUUGGUUGAAAAACGUCUAUACCUAUUACCUACGUACAAAAUGAGCGACGAAAAAUUUCAAGCUUGCGUCGAAGAUGUGAAAAAUCUCAAACAAACUCCGAGCAACGAAGAAUUGUUGGAACUGUACGCGUUAUUCAAACAAGCGACUGUCGGAGAUGUGAAUACAGAUCGACCGGGUAUAUUCGAUUUGAAAGGUAAAGCCAAAUGGGACGCUUGGAACGGAAAAAAAGACACGCCAUCUGACAAAGCUAAAGAGGAAUACGUCGCUUUGGUUGAAAAAUUGAUCGCGGCAUACGGUAAAAAAUGACGAAUGCGCGGCCGUUCGCACUCCUGCCUAUUAUGUUUAUCGCGUAUAAUAAUAUGUACUCGUAGUUUAUUACGUUGAUCGUCCAUUGUCGUUUGUCUGACGCCGAUGUCGAUGUCGAUGUCGAUGCCAAUGCCGUAUUCGUAUUUACUGUAGGCUACAUCCAUCUCUCAUCCGCUUCUGUAGGCGUGCUCGUAAGAGUAUGCUCGAAUAAUACGGAUGUUUUCUCUCGUUUUCGUUUUUCCCUCUUUGUACAAACUACAAAACGUUUGUUAUUCAAUCUCAUCCUAUACGUGCUACGUGCCACGUGCUACGUACAGUUUGUGCAACUACUCGUAUUUUGAAACAGUUGGAAUGGCAGCCGCACCGGCACCGGCACCGGCACCGACGAUGACGAUUAGAUUAAGUUUAGAUACCCGUUGAUCAUCGGGUCAUCGGGUAAUCAGUUUUCGAUGUAAACGCGCAUAAAUGGUACCUACCUUAUUUGAUUUGUAUGUAUGUAUUGGCCUUGGCCAGCCGGGUAGUCUACCGGUGUGAUUGUGAUACUGAUAGUCUGGUAGAUAUACCUGGUACGAGUUCUCUGUACAUCCGUACCAACGUCGAAUCCGUUUAAUUACAUACGUACUCGAAUUCGAUACACGUACCUACUUAUACGGGAUUACUUGUACUAUACGUCUACGUCUACGUCUACAUACACGUACUCGUACACACCGCGGCCGAUAGGGUACAGAGUUCUCACCCACUCACCUAUGUACUUAUUUCUAUAAACACCGUAUGUAAUAUGUAUUACGAGAUCUAUCUGCAUAAGUACCUAUCCGUAUCUCGGUAUCUCUACUUACUCGUAUUCGUAUUUGUCGAUUGCAUGUACCACGUACGUAAACCGAUAAACGUAUAUACCUUACUGCGUGAAGAAUUGUAAAUUUGUUACUUACCGUAUUGUUAUAGGUUAUACGUAUGCAAUUUUUGUUUUGAAACAUGUCCUGUACGGUACUCGUAGUCGUAGUCGUAGUCGUAGUCGUAUACGAGUUGUUGUUUUAUUCUGUACCUACUUACUGCGUAGUACGUAACGUAUACUAUACCUUGUCGAUAAUUAUUUUUGUAUCCUAUUCGGCUAUUUAUGUGUACUUACAGGAGUAGUUUCGCGGGUAUUUUUACAUUUUACAUUUUUGUAUUCGUUCGUUUACAUCAUUAAAAAAUAUAACACAUAUAACUUA